UCCACACCCUGCUCUGCACAAUCUCUGAACUCAAAACAUCAACGGCGGCCACGGUUCUCCCCCGCCGCUCAACAAAAGACACAAAAGUUUUGCUGCUGCAGUGGUUCCGAGAGAGAGAGAGAGGGAUAAUAUAAAGAGAGAGAGAGAGAGUUGCAUUUUCGAGUUGGUUACUUGGGUUGCGUGAUUCAUUUUAAUGUAUACCAACUUGAUGUUUCCUGCCGUUGCGUUGCCAGCCUUGUUGAAUCAUACAUUCAGCAGUAACACAGAGAAUCAUGGUUGACCGACUGGUAAACAGCGAAGCAAAUGCUAGGCGGAUCGCGAUGGUGGAGAGCUGCUUUGGCAGUUCGGGACAGCCACUGGCUGUUUCGGGAAGGGUGCUAGUGGGUGAAGGAGUUUUGACAAAAAUGUGCAGGAAAAAGCCAAAGCCCCGGCAAUUUUUUCUCUUCAACGAUAUUUUUGUCUAUGGAAACAUAAUUAUAAACAAAAAGAAGUAUAACAAACAGCACAUCAUCCCACUUGAGGAAGUUAAACUUGAGUCAUUAACCGAUGAAGGACAAUACAGAAACGGAUGGCUGAUAAAGACCGUCACCAAAUCUUUUGCUGUUUAUGCAGCCACUGCAACAGAGAAACAGGAAUGGAUGGCACACAUCACCAAAUGUAUUGAAGAUCUGCUGAGAAAAAGUGGUAAAAAACCAGUUGAAAAUCAUGCUGCUGUUUGGGUACCAGACAAUGAAGCUACAACUUGCAUGUGUUGUCACAAAACACAAUUUACAGUUUUAAUUAGAAGGCAUCACUGUAGACAGUGCGGUGCAGUCGUGUGUGGUCCGUGCAGCAAUAAAAAAUUGAUUUUAGCCACACCCGGUAAAAGAAAGGCUGUAAGAGUUUGUUUACAGUGCUUUGAUAAAGCAAGCAAAGUUAAAACAAGACCACUGUCAGAUGAAAACAAAGAACAGCGCAACUCGGCAGACAGUUCUGGUGGUGACAGCUCAGGUGAUGACGAUGACACUGCCAAGAAGGAGGAAAACCACGAUGAGCCAAAAUUCUACUCCUACUCAAAUAUGGCUCAAUAAAUUUUGAGUGAGAAAAAAAAACUUUUUAUUGAAAGAAUCUUGACAAUCACCAUGAAACUCAAAAUUGAGAUCUUGAUAAAAUAUUGACGAUUACAAUUUUUAAACUUGUCGUCUGUUAAAAUUUUGAAAAAAAAUAACUGUAUUAAAAGAUAUUUAUUUUAAGCAACCAUGUUUGUACAGAUUUGCGUAUGUCAUUGAAGGACAGUGAUGCAAAUAAGGCCGUACGUUUUGAAGAAUUUUUGAUCCAAGCGAUUUAUAAGAAAAAUAUGCUUUGUACCUAAUUUUAAGAUUGCCAAUCUGUGCCUUCAUAAAGUAGAUGUAUGUAUGCUUAAUAUGUACACAAUCUGAUUUAUUGCUACUUUUUCGUUGGCCAAGGCAUGAGAAUUAUUUAUGUUUAAUAUUCUCUACAUUUAUUAUAAUUACAUCCAAAGAUCAAAACGAUA